UUUCUGUUGUUAAGGCGAUCAAUGAAACUAAUACUAGUAAAGACAGUGAUGAAUUCUCUGAAAGAAUAGUUGAAGCUGUGACAAUUCAAAACUCUUAUGGGAAAGGUUUAUCGAAUGUCGUAAACAAAGUAGAUAUUGUAAGUACAAGCAAAGUGAUCGGAAAUAAUAAUACUUCUAAAAUAUAUUAUGUCAAAAUUCGACGAUUAAAAGAACCAGAAAUGGGAAACGAUAAGGCUCCAAAUAUAAAUACGAGGAGAUAUAGUACAACCACUGAAAAAUCAAUACCAGUUAUAAUUGAUUCCCCCGAGGAAAAGAGCGAUGAAAAAUUAAUUAAUAAAACUGAAACAAUACACGAGGACGCAAAUGAAUUGAUAAAAAAUGUUAAUAUUAGUGAAAUAGAAAAUACAACGGAAGGUUUACAAAUAAAAGAUGAAGUGAAACAAAAUUUAGAAAACCCUCUUGAAAGUCAUUUCGAACAAGAACCUGUUACUUACGAAAGUGUUAUUGAAGAAGACAAGACAGAGAACCCAAGUGACGAAUUAUCCUCUGAUAAGGAAGCGCUUGAUGAUAUACAUACAAGAAGAAUGAUGAAUGCUCGAAACUGGAAUGAAGACGAGAAUGCACAUGAUGAGAACGAUUUUAAAAAGGUGCUAGUCUGGAAAAAUGAUGAUGAUGUGCUAUUAGACGUAAAAGGAAGGUCUGACAAAGACAACGAUGAACAAGUUGCAAUUGCUAAAGCUGAAAUAAAAUCAAAAUUAGAAGUUACCACCCCAGCAAACUUUAACAUCUAUGGAAACAAUAUGAAUCAUCCAGUUAGCAUCCAGCAGCCACAACAACAUCCUAGUGUAAUUCAAUCAAAAUGUCUUCAAAGUCCUGGUUUAAACGAUGUCUCAAGUUAUGAAAGAAGCAAUUUAGAAAAUACUUAUCAUUUAUCAAGAGAUCAUUUUCCUCCACAAAUUCCUUUACAGAGUGCAGAAGAACCAGUGGUGUCAAUACAGCCUCAAGGCGAUAAUUUUAAUUUAUUUUCAAAUGCGUAUCCAUAUACGCCAACAAUAGUAAAAACAACAUUAGAUGAUCCAACGGGAAAUUCUGUUUCUACUAUAUUUUCAAAAUUAAUUGAUGCAUCGGACCAUUCAAAAAUUAGUCAGAAAUUAUUAAAUACAAAUCCAUAUAAUAGAAUGUAUUUCAAUAACUACGAACCUAGGAAUUCAUUACUACCAAAAUAUAAUGUGUAUAACUACAUGAAUAGAUACAGGCGUUAUGCUAAGUGUUGUCGUUAUUGAUUUUAAAAUACAAAAGAUAGUAUGUAAAUAAAUAAUAUAUAUAAUCUAUACUUAUUUAAUAGCAAUGGUUUGUAAAAGUACAAUUAACUAAACAUUUUAUUUAAU